CAUUUGUGGAAUCCAGCAUCUGGAAAGAAUAGGAAAGAAGCUGAAUCUGUUUGACUCUCUUUAUUUCUGCAUUGUGACAUUUUCUACUGUGGGCUUUGGGGAUGUCACUCCUGAAACAUGGUCCUCCAAGCUUUUUGUGGUUGCUAUGAUCUGUGUUGCUCUUGUGGUUCUACCCAUACAGUUUGAACAGCUGGCCUAUUUGUGGAUGGAGAGACAAAAGUCAGGUGGAAACUACAGUCGACAUAGAGCUCAAACUGAAAAACAUGUUGUUCUGUGUGUCAGCUCACUGAAGAUUGAUUUACUUAUGGACUUUUUAAAUGAAUUUUAUGCUCAUCCAAGACUACAGGAUUAUUAUGUGGUGAUUCUGUGCCCUACUGAAAUGGAUGUGCAAGUUCGAAGGGUACUACAGAUUCCAAUGUGGUCCCAAAGAGUAAUCUACCUUCAAGGUUCAGCCCUUAAAGAUCAGGAUCUAUUGAGAGCAAAGAUGGAUGAUGCUGAGGCCUGUUUUAUUCUGAGCAGUCGUUGUGAAGUGGAUAGGACAUCAUCUGAUCACCAAACAAUAUUGAGAGCAUGGGCUGUAAAAGAUUUUGCACCAAAUUGCCCUUUAUAUGUCCAAAUAUUAAAGCCUGAGAAUAAAUUCCAUAUCAAAUUUGCUGAUCAUGUUGUUUGUGAAGAAGAGUUUAAAUACGCCAUGUUAGCUUUAAACUGUAUAUGCCCAGCAACAUCUACACUUAUUACACUACUGGUUCAUACCUCUAGAGGGCAAGAAGGCCAGCAAUCACCAGAACAAUGGCAGAAGAUGUAUGGUAGAUGCUCGGGGAACGAAGUCUAUCACAUCAUUUUGGAAGAAAGUACAUUUUUUGCUGAAUAUGAAGGAAAGAGUUUUACAUAUGCCUCUUUCCAUGCACACAAAAAGUUUGGUGUUUGCUUGAUUGGUGUUAGGAGAGAAGAUAAUAAAAACAUUUUGCUGAAUCCAGGUCCUCGAUAUAUUAUGAAUUCCACAGACAUAUGUUUUUAUAUUAAUAUUACCAAAGAAGAGAAUUCAGCAUUUAAAAACCAAGACCAGCAGAGAAAAAACAAUGUGUCACGGUCCUUUUAUCAUGGCCCUUCCAGGUUACCUGUACAUAGCAUAAUUGCCAGCAUGGGUACUGUGGCUAUAGACUUGCAAGACACAAGCUGUAGAGCAGCAAGUGGCCCUACCCUGUCUCUUCCUGCAGAGGGAAGCAAAGAAGUGAGAAGACCUAGCAUUGCUCCUGUUUUAGAGGUUGCAGAUACAUCGUCAAUUCAAACAUGUGAUCUUCUAAGUGACCAAUCAGAAGAUGAAACUACACCAGAUGAAGAAAUUUCUUCAAACUUAGAGUAUGCUAAAGGCUACCCACCUUAUUCUCCAUAUAUAGGAAGUUCACCAACUUUUUGUCAUCUCCUUCAUGAAAUGCCAUUUUGCUGCUUAAGACUAGACAAGAGUUGCCAGCAUAACUACUAUGAGGACGCAAAAGCCUAUGGAUUCAAAAAUAAACUAAUUAUAGUUGCAGCUGAAACAGCUGGAAAUGGAUUGUAUAAUUUUAUUGUUCCUCUCAGGGCAUAUUAUAGACCAAAGAAAGAACUUAAUCCCAUAGUACUGCUAUUGGAUAACCCGCCAGAUAUGCAUUUUCUGGAUGCAAUCUGUUGGUUUCCAAUGGUUUACUACAUGGUGGGCUCUAUUGACAACCUAGAUGAUUUACUCAGGUGUGGAGUGACUUUUGCUGCCAACAUGGUGGUUGUGGACAAAGAAAGCACCAUGAGUGCUGAGGAAGACUACAUGGCGGACGCCAAAACAAUUGUGAACGUGCAGACUCUUUUCAGGUUGUUUUCCAGUCUCAGUAUUAUCACAGAGCUUACUCACCCAGCCAAUAUGAGAUUUAUGCAAUUCAGAGCCAAAGACUGUUAUUCUCUUGCUCUUUCAAAACUGGAAAAGAAAGAACGGGAGAGAGGUUCUAAUCUGGCCUUUAUGUUUCGUCUGCCUUUUGCUGCUGGGAGGGUGUUCAGCAUCAGUAUGUUGGACACUCUUCUGUAUCAGUCAUUUGUGAAGGAUUAUAUGAUUUCUAUCACCAGACUUCUGUUGGGACUGGACACUACACCAGGAUCGGGGUUUCUUUGCUCUAUGAAAAUCACUGAGGAUGACUUAUGGAUCAGAACUUAUGCUAGACUUUAUCAGAAGUUGUGUUCUUCUACCGGAGAUGUCCCCAUUGGAAUCUACAGGACUGAAUCUCAGAAACUCACUACAUCCGAGUCUCAAAUAUCUAUCAGUGUAGAAGAGUGGGAAGACACCAAAGACUCCAAAGAACCAGGGCACCACCGCAGCAACCACCGCAACUCGACCUCCAGCGACCAGUCGGACCAUCCCUUGCUGCGGAGAAAGAGCAUGCAGUGGGCCCGAAGACUGAGCAGAAAAGGUCCAAAACACUCUGGUAAAACAGCUGAAAAAAUAACCCAGCAGCGACUGAACCUCUACAGGAGGUCAGAAAGACAAGAGCUUGCUGAACUUGUGAAAAAUAGAAUGAAACACUUGGGUCUUUCUACAGUGGGAUAUGAUGAAAUGAAUGAUCAUCAAAGUACCCUCUCCUACAUCCUGAUUAACCCAUCUCCAGAUACCAGACUAGAGCUGAAUGAUGUUGUAUACUUAAUUCGUCCAGAUCCACUGGCAUACCUUCCAAACAGUGAACCCAGUCGGAAAAACAGCAUCUGCAAUGCCACUGGUCAAGACUCUCGGGAGGAAACUCAGCUUUGAUAAAAAGAAAACAACAGACUUUUUUUUCUCUACAAGGAUCUUGCUUGAAACAAAAGUGUUGCUGCCAUGAAAGAAACUAGAUUGGAAUAUGUUCAAUUCUCUCAUAUUUAAAAAGAAAAGUUAUUCUCUUAGAAGUAUAGAUCAUUUCGAAACUUAAUGUAGUACUUAUUGGUACUUCCUCUAUUAAUAUUUGAAAGACACCAAUGGAAUGAUUUUGAAAACCCAAAUUAACACACAAAAAUUUAAAUCUGAUAUUUAAUUGCUUGACAAUUAUGCAAAUUGUAUAAAGUCAAAUUUUAAAAUUAUUAAGGUUUUAUGGAAAUCAACUAAAAAUCUAAGUAUAUUUGGUGCAUCACAAUGGACAUAGAAGAUUGUUGCUCCUCUUAAAAGUUAAAUGUGCUGUAUUAUAUUAUUUAAAUUUACUGUUUUAUAAAAUGAACUCAUCAUAAAUGUCUAGUCUUCUCCGCAUAGAGAUUAAUCGACUUUUGUGGCUGACUUUUGUGUAAGAAUCAUAGUUUGCUUUAGAAUGCAAAUCUUUAAGUCACUUUAACCUUUUUUUGUCUGACUUUUCAUAUGAUAUCAUAUUCAUUAUAGCAUUUGAGAUGUUCAUAGCAUGUUUUAUGACAUUGAAGAAACUAGAACAUAAACAAAAAGAAAUAUUAAGUACCUGAUCUUUUUGAUAACUUUAUGUCUAGCACACAUUUUAUGCCCAAAGUGUACUAGAAAGCAGAGUGUACUAUUGUUCACCUAAAAGAAUGCCUAACAUAGAGAAAGUACUUAAUACACAUUUGCUGAUUUAAAUUUAAUCUGAGAAUUAAAACAUUAAUUGGAUUUCUUGAAAUAGGCAGUAAUGAUUUUCAUUAGACUCUUGAGCUUUAACAUUGUUCAUAUAUCUAUAUAGUAAAUUUCAUUUAAAGUAUUUUAAAAUUUUUAAAAAACUAUGCUUUUUAUGUACUAUGAAGAUAAUUUAAAACAUUACAAUCUUCCCUCUGUUUUUAGUGCUGAAUUAACCACACUUAAAAAUAUAUGUUAAAAAAUUUGAUUAAAUUUUGAAAAAUCAUCUAUAAGAACUAAUUUUAACAUUUUGAGGAAAAGGCAUAAAAUAAAAAUAAGUAAUUCUUAUCCUUUAAUUGAAUGUAAAUUAUGCAGAAUUUGAGUUAUAAUUUUAAAUAUAAAUUGACCCUUAGUGAUGCUAAUGCUUUUCUCUGUAUUGCUUAUUCUCCCUACAGAAAUAAAUCAAAAAGCACAAGAUAAUGCAUAGAUAGUUUACCAGGUAGUCGAAGUGUGUUAAAGUGUUCCCAUGAGAGAAACACUGGCAAAUUUACAAAGAUAUUUUUCUUCUAAUUUUGUAUUUUUCUUUAUCUCUUAAU